AUGUCUUUAACUUCUCAUCAAACACUUGUGUUUCUUUGGGUUUUCCUUCUCGCUACUGUUUCUUUCCUCGCAACCCCAUCCGCCUCUGCAAUUAACUCCUUCGUCUUCGGCGGCUGUUCCCAGCAAAAAUACCUCCCGGGUUCGCCUUACGAGUCCGGAGUCAACUCGCUCCUCACCUCCCUGGUCAACUCGGCCAUGUUCACCACCUACAACAACUUCACCAUCCCCGGCUCCUCCUCCCAGGACACCGUCUACGGCCUCUUCCAAUGCCGCGGCGACCUCAGCAACAAUGACUGCGCCCAGUGCGUCGCCCGCUCGGUGAGUCAACUCGGUAGCCUAUGCCUAAACUCGUGCGGUGGCGCGUUGCAGCUCGAGGGCUGCUUUAUCAAGUACGACAAUUCGACGUUCUUGGGGGUGGAGGACAAGACCGUGGUGAUCAAGAAAUGUGGGCAGUCGAUUGGGUUUGACUCGGACGUGUUGACCAGGCGCGAUGCCGUGCUGGGGUAUCUUGGGACCGGAGACGGGACCUACAGGCCGUACAGGGUGAGUGGCUCCGGGAAUGUCCAGGGUGUGGCGCAGUGUGUUGGGGACUUGAGUCCGAGCGAGUGCCAGGAUUGUCUGUCGGAGGCCAUCGCGCAGCUCAAAUCAGGCUGUGGGCCCAGCGCGUGGGGGGACAUGUUCUUGGCUAAGUGCUACGCGCGGUAUUCGCAACCUGGCUACCACUCCUCCAACGGCGGUCGUGGUAAGCAGUUUCGCCACCCCGGAUGGUGGUUUCCACUUUCUGGGAAUUCGAAUUUACCAAGAUUCCCAUUUGAGCCAUGCAAAGAGAAACAAAAGAAAAUUGCAUUACUCAAGUAA